AUGGCAAUGGAGUUCUCCUAUUCCAUGCUCCUCCUGCUGCCUCUUGUACUGUACAUGUCGUACCAGCUCACCAGAACACUGGCCAAGAAGAAGCCCACCACCCAUGGCUUCAAGGCGCACCCACUGCUCGGAUAUCUCCCUGCUUUCCUCAACAACAGCCACCGCUUCCUUGAUUGGUCGUCGGAGCUCAUCGCCGGUAGCCCGGAGAUGAGGAUGGGAUUCUGGAUCCCCGGGAUGCGGACAGGCUUCGUCACUGCCAACCCGGUCGACGUCGAGCACAUCCUGCGCACCAACUUCGCCAACUAUCCCAAGGGGGAGCACGCCAUUGGCAUGCUCGAGGAUUUCCUCGGCCAUGGUCUGUUCAACUCCGAUGGCGACCAGUGGCUCUGGCAACGCAAGAACGCCAGCUACGAGUUCAGCAAGCGCUCCCUGCGCAGGUUCGUCGUCGACGUCGUGCAGGACGAGGUCGCAAACCGACUGCUCCCUCUGCUCCGCCGCGCCGCCGCCGGUGAUGUCGUCCUCGACUUGCAGGAUGUGCUCCAACGAUUCGGUUUCGACACUAUCUGCAUGGUGGUGUUCGGGCACGAUCCACGAUGCCUAGCCGACGGCGGGGUCCUGGAGGAGUCCAAGUCGGAGUUCAUGCAUUCAUUCGGCGAGGCACAGGACCUCGUCAUCGGCCGCUUCAUGGACCCCAUCGGGAUCUCAUGGAAGAUCAAGAAGAUGUUCAAUGUGGGAACGGAGCGCCGACUCAAGAAGGCCGUAGCCGACGUCCAUGCCUUCGCCAUGGACAUUGUUCGCGCCCGGCGUCAGAGCGCGUCCGUGGAAGACAGAGACGAUGUCUUGUCUAAGUUCGUGGCGAGCGACGACUAUAGCGACGAGGUCCUACGGGACAUCGUCCUUAGCUUUCUCAUAGCCGGCCGAGAGACGACGUCGUCGGGGCUGACGUGGUUCUUCUGGCUCAUGUCAUCCCGGCCGGAUGUGGUGGUGCGGAUCGCCGACGAGGUUCGCGCGGUGAGGAAGGCGACCGGGACGCGCCCCGGCGAGCCGUUCGGGUUCGACGCGCUCCGGGAGAUGCACUACCUCCACGCCGCGCUCACCGAGUCGAUGCGGCUGUACCCGCCAGUGCCGAUGGACCCGCAAUCGUGCGCGGCUGACGAUACGCUGCCCGACGGCACGUUCGUCCGCGCCGGCUGGUUCGUGAAUUACAGCGCGUACGCCAUGGGGCGGCUCGCCGCCAUAUGGGGCGAGGACUGCAUGGAGUACAGGCCGGAGCGGUGGCUCGGCGAGGACGGCGCGUUCCAGCCGGCGAGCCCGUUCCGGUUCACGGUGUUCCACGCCGGGCCGAGGACGUGCCUGGGGAAGGAGAUGGCUUACGUGCAGAUGAAGUCCAUAGUUGCUAACGUGUUCGAGGAGUUGGUGGUUGACGUCUUGAAGGAGGUCGCCGGCGGCGGCGUGCCGGAGCACGUGUUCUCGGUAACACUGAGGAUGAAGGGUGGACUAGCUGUGAAGAUAAGGAGAAAGACGGAAGCUUAUUAGAGGAUGAUGCCUUACCGCAAGAUAAUUAACAAGAGAAGUUCGCUUCAAGUUUUACAAUUGUUGUGCACCCGCUGCUUAAGCUUUGUUUAUCUGAUGGGUUAACAAAUUUAACGAGAGUGCUACGACAAUGUAUUCAAGAUAUUACACCGUGGGCCGAACAAUUCAAAAUAGAUGAUCGCUGUGUAACUAACCACUGGAAAAACGUGUACUCUGCAGCGCUAUUGCAAGCCUAUAAACAGGCUUGU